GUCGGGCGGGCGGGCGGGUGGCGGUGUCGCUGCGUGCAGCUCCGCAGGGGUCUCCUCAGGCUGCAGCCCCGCAGCGCCUCGGCCCGGCCGCUCCCUCCCUGCUCUUUGCUUCCCCCCUUCCCCUCCCCUCUUCGCGGCUUCCCCCUCCCCGACCCUUUCCUCCUCCCGCAUCCGCCGCCAUGUCCCGCUACCUGCGUCCCCCCAACACCUCGCUCUUCGUGAGGAACGUGGCCGAUGACACCCGGUCUGAAGACUUGCGCCGGGAGUUUGGUCGCUACGGACCUAUAGUUGAUGUUUAUGUUCCACUUGACUUCUACACCCGGCGUCCCAGAGGAUUUGCAUACGUUCAAUUUGAAGAUGUCCGGGAUGCAGAGGAUGCUCUCCACAACCUGGAUCGGAAGUGGAUUUGUGGCCGGCAAAUAGAAAUCCAGUUUGCACAGGGGGAUCGGAAGACACCAAAUCAGAUGAAGGCCAAGGAAGGGAGAAACCUGUACAGUUCCUCUCGUUAUGAUGAUUAUGACAGGUACAGGAGGUCCAGGAGUCGCAGUUACGAGAGGAGGCGGUCUAGAAGUCGUUCCUUUGAUUACAGCUACAGAAGAUCAUACAGUCCCAGAAACAGUAGACCUACUGGAAGACCCCGUCGUAGCAGAAGCCAUUCGGACAAUGAUAGGUUCAAACACCGCAAUCGAUCUUUUUCAAGAUCUAAGUCCAAUUCAAGAUCACGAUCCAAGUCACAGCCCAAGAAAGAAAUGAAGGCUAAAUCACGGUCUAGGUCUGCAUCUCACACCAAAUCUAGAGGCACCUCUAAAACAGAUUCUAAAACACACUAUAAGUCCAGCUCAAGAUAUGAAAAGGAGUCGAGAAAAAAAGAACCAGCUAGAUCCAAAUCACAGUCAAGAUCACAUUCUAGAUCUAGGUCAAAAUCCAGAUCAAGGUCAUGGACUAGUCCCAAGUCCAGUGGCCACUAACAGUGUAUCCAUGUUGUUUUAGGCAUGUAAGAUUCAUUUACACACAGUUCAGUUUACUUAAAUUAUCAGGAAUAUGAUGUUGCAACAGUGCUAAAAAAUAUUUUCUUUGUCAGUUUUCCCUGUAGCCAACAAUGGUUAAAAUUAAAACAGUGUUGAGAAGCCACUAAGAGAGAGAGAGAGAAAGAGAGAGAGAGAGAAUAUCCACUUGGUUAAAUGUCAUGGGCAGCUACUGACCUGGUUGUGGUGUCUCUAUGUAUAUUUUUGUAAAGAUUUGCAUUUUUAAUGCUUAGGUAUUGGUGAUGAUUUGACUGAUCGUAACUUGCAACAUGGUCCUAUUAAAAAUGUCAUCCCCAUAGAGAGAUUGGUUUGUGCUGAACAGUUAAACCAAGUGUUUAACUUGUUCUUUACUGCUAAACUUUGUGAUAGGAAAGCAGAAAACUGGACAGCUGUAGUGCAACCCUGACUGACUGCUGUGAAAUGCAGACUGGCAGCUGUGUUCCCACUGUUGAAAGGCAGGUUUCUGUGUCCUCCAUGCCCUCUGACACCUCUGGUCAGCAAAUGGAGCUCUGUGGAGAGAGAUUUUUGAGAUUUCUCUUUUUCAGCCUGCCAUCUGGAGAGAUGGUACUAACACUGCAUGUCCUGCAGGGGGAGAGAGUUGGUCCUGGAAGCUGGUUCAGAGACAAUGCAGUGUCAGGACAGAGCCCUCCCUGCUUCUGACCUGGCUGCUAGUACUAAAUGUGUGAGGAAAAACCACACUUUGAGAUGGAAAACUAAAUUGAGAUUUCAGCAAAUGGCAGAGCAACUAAAUAUUAGGUUGUGUGUACAUUUUAUGCAGUUUUUGUAUCUAUUCCAAAUUUUAGUGAGCAGUUAACCAUAAAGUUGCUUAGUUUUCCUGCUGUUAGAUACAAGUAGAUUGUUUCCAGUUGUGUGUGUACAGUAUAUAAGAACUAAACUUUUCUGCCAAUGACUUCUGUGGUUAGUUGGUGUAUUCAUAGGUAUAAACCUGUAGCCAUCUCCUCGAGUAACAAAGGCUUGCUUUACACAUCAAAAAGUAUUUGGUCAAGCAAGUCUGAAUCACUUCUUCCUCCAAAUGGAUAGUGGUUUGGUUACAAGAUUUCAUUUUCCUGAAGAACAAAUAUUUGAAGUUGGGUAUGAACAAGAGCUGCAUCACUAGCUAUCUAGUUUGUCACUAAAAUACAGUGUAUUUAGUAAACUGAAUGUGAAAAAAGCAACAAAACCAGUGUGUGAUCUUGCCAGUAUUUCUCUAGAAGGCAAGAGACUUUGUUAUGAAAAUGGCUUUUGGCCUUGUUUUGUUUUCUCUUUACCUUCAAAAGCCAGCAGCAAACACCUGGUGUUCCUCGCUGUCUUAUGUAGUAGCAUAUAAAGACAUUGAGUCAAAAAAAAGUUCCUUUUUAGAGAAAUGUUUUAGGUUUGGGUUUUAGUGUUUUCAGCAGGGCCUUUGAAGAAAUGCAGAUGGCUUUUAAAUCUUGGCAGUGGAACGUGCUUAGGGGGCUGAUUCUAGAGUCUUUGUACAGUUGAUAGUAUUUCUGACUUUUUCUUUACUGUUUGCAGUUAAUGUUCAUGUUCUGCUAUGCAAUCAUUUAUAUGCACGUUCCUUUAAUUUUGUAGACUUUCCUGGAUGUAUAGUUUAAAAAACAGCAAAAAUUCUAUUUAAAACUGUAGCAGUAGUGUGCAGCUCUAGCAGAGGAAAGUUGUGGGAUUAAACUUUGUAUUUCCUUUCUUAUAGAGGCUUCUAAAAAGGUAUUUUUAUAUGUUCUUUUUAACAAAUAUUGUGUACUACCUUUAAAACAUCAAUGUUUUGAUCAAAAUAACUAAAGACCCAGCUUAUUUUCUGCUUGCUGUAAAUUUAGCAAACAUGCUGUAAUAAAAAACAUGAAGGAAAUACUGAUCCACUGGAAUUAUUGUAGCUUUAGAAUUUGACUCCAGAGCAUUGUUAGGAGCAGAGCUCUGCAUCCCUUAUGGAGUAAAAUCCUUACUAUGGUAUUUCAAUAGGUCAGGAAUGUAUCAUUUAAUGGCUGAAUAAAUAGAAUUUCUCGUUUUUAAAGUGGUACCAGACAAAAUAAGAACAUUAAGCAUAUGUUUUAGUCUAAUAUAUUGAAAUUUCUUUUCCAUUACUGCUGGAUGGAGUUCCCCAGGGUAAUAAUUUGGGUAUUAUUAGCCAAGUUAUCCACUUAAAAUUGGUUGUGAGGAUUCACAUGGACCCAGAUUUCUAACAUCACCUCUUGGGUUUAUGUUUGUCAUAUCAAAAGCUGUACCAGCAGCACAGGUUCUCUGGGAGGUGUAAAACUUUCCUGGUGACAGUUAGAUCUCAACCUGCCUCUUGGCACUUGUGGUGUAGGCAACCAGCAGUUCUUGGGCCACUGAAGGAAAAAAAGCACUUAAUUGCUUUGACAAACUCAUUUGCACACUUCCUAAGCUGAGCUGGGAUGGUCUGGCAGCUUUCUGCUUGUACCAGCAGCAAACCUCACCCUUUUUCAGUUUUCCUAAUGGAAUAAGAGUCUUCAUGACUAAAAUCUUACUAAAAAGUGCUCCUGUGUGAGUGUGUCACAGGAAAGUGGGGUUGUUUCUGUCAGCAGCCUGCAAGUGAUUGCUCUAAUUAACGCUCACCUUAGUCCAAGUGUAAUUAAUGUUCCCGUUAAGUCCAGCCAGAAUUACAGCUGGAUCAGUGAGGAGCAGGAGGAGGGAGGAGAAGAGAAAAUCUUUGUGUCCAGGCUGAGUUCUGAUCUGAGACUGCAGAGUAAUAGGAACAGUACCUUAACUGUUGUGUCAGCAUGUCCUUGUGUUAUGUGCCUCAACAUUUAUGUAUAGCAGAGUUAAUUUUUGUAUUGCAAAUCCAAUUCAUUGCAAGUAUAAUGUAGUAUCUGACAGUUCUGAUGGUUCUUUCUUUCUCUCCCAGAGGUAGGACUAAACUUUGACUUGACUUGUGUAUAUGAACAAGCCAGAAAAGCCGAACACAAACCCACGAUGUUUCAAGAGUGCAUGAAUAAAGAUGUUGUCCUAGUUCUUGCUCCCAUGGAAAAAAUUGUGAAGAAGCUGUUCUGUGGGCCUUUCAGUUGGGGACGAGUUAGCAGGAUGUGGCCAAAAGGGCAGGGAAUGUUUUACAUGCAAGUCCAGCCACAGCCCAUCUAGAUAACAUCUCCCUUCCUUGGUGCAGGUGUCCCAGCCCUGCCCUAUAAACAGCAGUAGCCUGUCUUGUGCAAGCUACCUGCAGGUUAUGCACAGCUGGAAUGCAAGAACAUACACAGGCUGCAAAAGAUCCUGAAUAGGCAUCUUUCUUUUGGAGUCUCAAGAAGGGUGGGGGUUAUGUUUUCUCUGUGGUAAAACUAUAGAGUUUUGUCAUUCCUGCAAAAGUAGUGUGUUGAGAACAAGAGAUUCUGCUGGAAGUAAUGGCUGUGCUCCCAAACAUCUGCAGUGGGUUGGGUUAUCUCAGCAGUGACAGAAGGCUCUAUGGGAACUUCUUUUUCACCUAAAGUCCAUGCACCCAACUGGUAAUUAAGAAUUUAGUGGUUAAGUAGCUGGGUGUUUAAAUUAGGGACUGCAAUAGAGUGGUCUCUGAAAGCUCGAUGUUACCCUUUCUAUGUCUUUUAAAGAUGUUUCAAUGUACAGUAUAAUGGCUUUAUGCAACGUUUAAGUUUUCAAUUUCAUUGUUAUUUUGAGCUCUAAGAAAGAGCUUCAUUUUUUUUUUUCCUUUUUCUGACUGUUUGAGUCUGGGUGACAGCUUGCAAGAUGCUCAGAGAAGGGCAUUUGGAUUGAGCCACAUCUCAGCACUGCUACUUGAUUUUUUGGCAGGGAUGUUGCAGAUUAACAUUUUGAAGCCUAAAGGGAUAAAUUUACACAUCUUUAGGACAUAAUCACCCAUUAAUAAUUGCUGGGGUUUUUUUUUUUCCAUUUAUCUUGUAAAUUGCUUAAAAAGUCUGUAGUCCAUUGCUAUACUACUUGUCUAAAGAUGCUCUUGCUCAUGAGACUAUGAUAGGAAGGGAAGACUAUAUGUACCCUGUAGUGUGUUUGAUCAAAAGAUGCUGAUGUUUUAUUCAUACCCAUCCUUUCUUCUUGAGUUUUGUGUUCCAUCUGUGCAAAUAACCCUGUGAAUUGGGAAUAAAAUGUACAAGUUUUGACUAUAA